AUGGAAUCCCUUGGGCACAGUCCGGAAGGUACAAUCUCGCUUGAGAGCUUUCAACAAUACUUGACAGAUUCAGAGAUAGCGGGCAUUUUGUCAAGCGUGAAAGUAGACGUGGUGAUUCUCGGGGAGAUGUUGGAGAUGGUCUACGAAGAUUUGGAGCGUCAGGGCGAAUCAAUGACCUUUGAGAGGAUGAUCGAAUUUAUGUUGAAUGGGCGUGGCUCCAACACCGCAACCGUGAGAGAUAUCAAAGAACUCCUUCGAAUGGUUCAGUCGUGCUGA